UUUAACGUUUUACUUGACAGCACAGAGACAUAUGUGCAACGUGGCUUAUUUUUGCUCAGAACAUCUAAGGGCAAAGUUGGGAUUUUAAAAAAAUGGACUUGGUUAAGAAGUAAAAGGGGUUAGGGUUUGGAUUCCACCCAAUUGGUCUUUGAGGUUUGGAAAGUGUUCGUGGAGAAAUAGGAAUGGCUUCCCAAGGGUGUUCUUCGUUUUCGAAAAGUUGGGCCAAAGGGUGUUCUUCUCGUUCGUCCCAUGGUGGUACUUGUAGUGGAGGUGGGUUAAUCCCAACGUGUUAUUGUGGAGAUAUUGCAGUAAUCAAAGUGGCCAGAACUACGAAGAAUGCUGGGAGAAAUUUUUGGGGUUGUCCUCAUUACAAGGGUGGAUCUUCAUUUGGGAGCUGCUGUAACUUUUUUAAGUGGUGUUGUGAAGACAACGUUGAUGAAAAAGAUUGCACAAUUCUGAAGAGGAUAAGUGAGCUGGAAAAUGCAGUGAAGGAUUUGCAGAAAAUGCAGUGAAGGAUUUGCAGAAAAUGCAGAAAAAGAUGAAGAUGUUAGUUGUAGCUUUGAGUGUGUGUAUUGUGGUUGUCCUUGUCAUAUUCAGGUUGUGUUUAGGUUGAUUUACUUAGAUCGUGAAUUUAGAAUAUGAAUUUGGUAGGUUGUGUUUAGGUUGAUUUACUUCAUGUAAUGUAUUUGGAUGAAUGAAAAAAGUUGGUUCGCAACG